AUGUGCAACCUCUUUUCCCAUGCCACCCAGAUUCAACCAGCUACCGUAUUGGCCUCUUCGAAACAGCUUGACCUCGACGUCCGGCAUACUCCUGACAUUUCACAGGAGGUUGCCAUAACCCAUGAAGCCCAAGGACAAACUGAACCUACAUACCGGUUGCCUAGAGCCUACAUGAGGUCCGACAAAUCUCUAGGACAAAACGCUAUGACAAGAUCGGUUUACGAAGUUGGUAGCAGUUCAUCGAGUGAGACAGGUCAGAUCAAUGCAACAAAAGUGCAGGCAGAGCGGGCUAGCAACCAGACUCCACAUGGAGAUGACCAUCAGAGCGAUAGGUUUUUGGUUAGGGAAGAGGCAAUUCAAUGUAAGCCGGAGCUGGUGGUAUCAUCUAAAGCUGUUGGGAAGGAGGAGAAGGAGAAGGAGAAUGAGAAGGAGGAGGGGGAAGAUGAGGAGGAGGCACAGGAGGUAUCUCAUGAAGUGGCAGAGGAUGGCGGGUCGUGGAUAGACAGUCACUCGUCCAAACGAUCCGAUCACCGGACGACUGGCACAAUCAAGCACGCCACAACGAUGCAGGUAGAGCACAACUCCAGGUGA